UACGGUUGGAGUUACGGUGGUUACCUCUCAGCUACACUCUUGACUAGAUACCCUGAGAUCUUCAACUGCGCUGUCUCGGGUGCUCCUGUUACAUCUUGGGAUGGCUAUGACUCAUUCUACACAGAAAAGUACAUGGGACUUCCCUCAGAGGAGGAGGAGGGAUACCUGAAAAGCGCGGUAAUGCAUCAUGUGGAGAACCUGGCUGAUAAGCAGAAGCUGAUGUUAGUACACGGGAUGAUCGAUGAGAAUGUGCAUUUCAGACACACUGCUAGGCUUGUGAACGCGCUUGUUGAAGCUGGUAAGCGCUAUGAGUUGUUGAUAUUUCCUGAUGAACGGCAUAUGCCUCGGAGGGGAAAGGACCGGGUAUAUAUGGAACAGAGGAUUUGGGAGUUUAUA